CUCAGAAGAAGCAUACCAGCAUUCUUGGCUCCUUGGAGAGUUUCUCCGUGUGCCUUUAGAUCCUCCAAGUCAGAACUCAAGCCAAGUCUGCCCAGUGUUGGAGUUGUCUGUGGUCCACUUCAGACCUUCACCGAAGAGGAGGCAAUGCUGAAGAACAUGGUGACAAAGUUUGCUCAGGAACGAGUUGCUCCUCUCGUGCAGAAAAUGGAUGAGAAUUCAAAGAUGGAAGACUCAGUGAUACAGGGACUGUUUGAACAAGGGCUGAUGAGUAUUGAGCUUGGGGAAGAAUAUGGAGGAACUGGAGCUUCAUUUUUUUCAAUCAUAUUGGCAGUAGAAGAAUUGGCCAAAGUGGAUCCAGCUGUAGCUCUUCUAUGUGAACUCCAAAACACACUGACAAAUAAGUUGUUUACCACAUAUGGAACAGAAGAACAAAAGAGAACUUACUUGCCCAGAGUGGCUAAGGAUACAAUAGGCAGUUUCUGCCUCUCAGAGCCUGGGGCUGGCAGUGAUGCUUUUUCUCUGAAGACUCGUGCUGAAAAGAAAGGAGACUAUUACAUUAUCAAUGGCUCAAAGAUGUGGAUUAGCUUAGCAGAACAUGCAGGAGUUUUCUUUGUGAUGGCAAAUACAGAUCCAUCCUUAGGAUACAGAGGAAUCACCUGCUUCAUAGUAGAUCGGGACACAGAGGGACUACAUGUGGGGAAAAAGGAGGACAAGCUUGGAAUCAGAGCCUCUUCUACCUGCCCAGUUACGUUUGACAACGUGAAGGUUCCUGAGACCAAUAUCCUGGGAAAGGUUGGACAAGGCUAUAAGUAUGCUAUUGGAAUGCUGAAUACUGGCAGGAUAGGGAUUGCUGCACAGAUGUUAGGACUGGCCCAAGGCUGUUUUGAUCUCACAGUUCCUUAUACAAAGGAGAGGGUCCAGUUUGGGAAAAGUGUGUUUGAUUUCCAGGGGAUGCAGCACCAGAUAGCCCAGGUGGCCACGCAGCUGGAGGCAGCCAGGCUGCUCACCUACAACGCCGCACGCCUCGCCGAGACGGGCAGGCCUGUCAUCAAGGAGGCCAGCAUGGCCAAGUACUAUGCUGCUGAGGUUGCAACACUGACAACUAGUAAAUGCAUCGAGUGGAUGGGAGGUGUUGGGUUCACCAAAAACUACCCAAUAGAAAAGUAUUAUCGUGACUGCAAGAUAGGUACAAUAUAUGAAGGGACUUCCAAUAUCCAGUUGAGCACCAUUGCAAAACAUUUGGCACAGGAAUACUGAAUUCUUGAGGACUUCCUGACUGUUGAUGGAAAUGGUUGCCCUGAACACUCCUUGUGAAUUACCCAUUUGUUUGUAAUUA